AUGGCAUCAUUUUUUAAUUAUAAAGAAAUCGUUCAAGUUCUGAUAUCACAUGGCGCAAACAUCAAUAUAGCUGAUGUUUAUGGAAAUAAUGUUAUAAAUUAUGCGCUAUUGUAUAACAACAAAGAAGUCAUGGAUGGAACUUCAUAUUUUUUCAAAGAUUUGAUUGCAAAAGGAUAUAAUUUAGUCAAUUCUCUUGCAUCAGAAAACAAUAACAAUGAUUUGAUUGAACUUUUAAUUACAAAUGGCGCAAAUGUUAAUGUACAAAAUAUUCAUGGAAAUACAACUCUGCAUAUAGCAGUUACACUUUCUAAUAUUGAAAGUACCGAAUUACUAAUUUCUCAUGGGGCCUCAAUAAAUUCUAUUAAUAUACAUGAACAGACUCCUCUUGAUAUUGCAAUGAUGCGUGUUAUGAAAGAAUAUAAGGAUUUUCUCAAACUCCACGAAAAUGAAAUAAAAUUUAGUAGAGGAUAUAGCGAUGGUUAUGUUGAUACUUCUAUGGAGGAAAACGAUUUGGUUAAUCUCUUAAAAUUGCAUGGUGGAAAAAUUAAUUCUCAGGGUGAAUUCAACUUUGAUACAAUAUCUAUUAUGAACGAAUUUUUCUGGACGAAAGUUUCAAUUAAUGCCAUUCAUUAUUUAUGGUAUGCUUUAGCGGGCAUAAUAAUUGGUGCCAUUUUAUUGGGAAUAUUAUAUCGAAAACUAACUAAUCCUUGUAGUUCGAUUUUUGUCAAAACAUUAUUUUGGAUAUUUUGUGGAAUUAUUUUUUAUGUUUUCGUUCAAUUUUGCAUGUAUUGCUGGAAUGUCAGAGCUUUCAUAUUGAGAAUGUUGAGGUCCUAUUUUUGUAUAUAA